CACCAAUCGUUUUCUCUCAAAAAUGGGCCCAUCCGCGGUUUCUUUUUUCCUAGUUUGAGGUUUGCAUAAAAUAAAAACAAAAAAGGAUGAUUCCAGACCGUUCCAAGGAUAUAACAGGUAGGAUUCUGAUUAAAUUUAUCAUAAACGGUUCUAUUCUGGUGUAGUUUUAGUCCGUGACAAAACCAAUUGGCAUAUGCGAAACAGUCAUGUCCGUUCCAUCGAGUGCUGAGGUAAUGGAUAGGUGCGGUAAUGUUGUCUAGAUAUGUUUGUUUAUGAUCUUUAUAAAGCGACAGAAGGCAAAAGAGAAAGAAAAAACUCCGGGAUGACCGGGAAUAACGGGUCCGUGCUUCGACGAUGAAAAGUGACCAAGUUCCCACCCUGUCGGCGGUGACGGUUUCCACCAUUGAAUGUACUCGAUUCUACGGUGUACCGCGUUUGUCCUAUCUUCAUCGAGACAUGCAGUUCUUAACCAACCAUCGCGUGGAAAAAUCGACGCCUACUCAGCCUUCCGAUCAUGCGGAUUACCACCCACCCACCCAGCGAAUGCCUAUUCAUCUUUUACAACGUCAUGCUGACACAUACACUUGUAUGGAUACAAAUCUUGCAGAAAACAUCCGUGAUUGGUUACCUAGUCGGCUUGCGGUAUGCUCUCAAUGGACUCUAUUAUUCAGUUUGGAUCAACAUGGGUCGAGUAUAAACACACUGUAUCGGCGCGUACAAGACAAGGGUCCAUGUGUAUUGGUCAUCCAAACAGCUCAAGAUGAAAUCUUUGGUGCCUUUCUCUCGGAAGCGUUCAAAACCGAAAGUUUGUGUUACGGUUCAGGUGAAUGCUUCUUGUAUAGAAAAAAUCAACAAGACGUUGAUGUGUACAAAUGGACUGUAGCCAAUGACUACAUGAUCUAUUCAAAUCGUGAAUGCAUUGCCGUGGGUGGAGGCCAAGGCCGGUUUGGUUUGUGGAUUCACAACAAUCUCACCAAAGGCCAUUCGGAACCAUGCGCUACUUUUAACAAUCCAAGCCUAAGUGGCCAGCCCGACUUUGAAUGUGUAGCACUGGAAAUAUGGGGAUUUCAAUUUUGACAUCACCGAGCCGAGCCACACAAACCACGAUUCAUAGAACAGUGCCAAAAAAAAAAGCCCAAAAACAAAGAGAUUCAUAGCAACCUUUUUUUUUUUUUAAUAAAACCCAUACAGCCCAGCAUCAUUUCAUUGAAAAUCAUACA